AUGUGUAUAGCUUAUAGAAAGCUGUCGCCUUUUGCGAGCCAUGGGUCAUUAAGGGCAGACAUGCGCGGCCGUAAACGUAAUGGUGAAGAGGAUGAGUUACUUGCUGCUAAACUUUUACGAGCAUCAGAGUUUGCUCCUCUCGAUGAAAUAAAACAGCAGAACCUUCUUAAUCGUGCAACGGCUCUAGGCAAUUCGACUGUUAACGAGGAUCUUUUUGCAACUGAAAUGGCAGAUACAAUGAUUUGUGGCACCUGCCGUUAUGUUACUUCUGACUUCGAGUUGUUCAAAGACCAUCGCAUAAGUGGAUGUCAGAAGCGGAAGGCAGAGGAAGAGCCCACGUCCUUCAAAUGUGCCUCCUGUGAUAAUCGCUUCAGAAGUGCUUGGGCAAUACUUUGUCAUUUGACAGAAUUCCAUCGAAUGAUGCUGUUCAAAGUGGAAGAACUGGACCAGCGGAAGGAUCAGCAAGUGAAAGAGGAGGUUAUCUUGAGAACAAACUCUAUUCUAUAAUA